AUGCUUUCUUCCGUCAAGUCUACAGCCGUUUCGGUCUUGGUCCUCGGUUCCAGCGUCUUCGGCGCACCAACCUCUGAGGACCUCAAGCUCCCAGACCCGAGCGAGUUCAAGCCUCUCAUCGGCUAUGACCCCAACUUCGACUCCUCCCUUCGAGAGAACAGGGUUUCUGCCAUUGUCCCAGAAGUCCGCACUCUGAACAUCACCGGAGUUCCAGAUAGCAACAUCAACGACUUCCCUCCGUCUUUCACUGGGCCUAAUGAGCCCGCAUCCAAGCGCUCGAUCAUCGGGGUAGACAACAGAGUCCUUUGGACCGACAAGAACUACCCUUAUCGCGCCAUGGGACGAAUCCAGCAUUCCAACGGAGUCUUUUGCAGUGGUGCACUCAUUGGGUCUCGUCAUGUGGUGACUGCCCGACACUGCAUCCCAGGCGAGGGUGUGUCUGCCCGCUUCCAGCCAGCCUAUGACCAAGGCGAGCCGUACGGAGGCUACGAUGUUACCGUCGUUUUCCGCCCCGACUACGGCCAGACUGGCUGGUGCGCCAAUGCUUACGACUGGGCUAUCUUCGUUCUCGGGGGGAAGGCUGGAACGGCCAACGGCUGGCUAGGGCUCAAAGUGGUGAACCCAGAUACUCAGCUGAACCGCGCGAUGUUCUUUCACUACGGCUACCCGGGCGACAAGGGUGGACAACGCCCCUAUCGCCAGGAGGGCAUCACCGCUUCAGCUGCGACUGGUUGUGAUAGAGGAUCUCCGGUUGUCACCGACACCGACUCUUCUGGGGGCCAGUCUGGUGGCCCCUUCUGGAUCAACGAGAACGGAGACCGCUACCUUUACGGCGUACACGUCGGUAGCACUGAUACUUAUGCCGUCACUGCCGGAGGACCAUCUCUUUUUGAGGGUUAUGGUAUUCUUCUGAAGGACUAUCCCAACUAA